AGCAAUAGCGACCUCUUCUCUCUCUCUCUCUGUCAUCCCCAUACUCCCUCUCUCUCUCUCUCUCUAGCUGCUCAUCAAAGAACUGAAGAGAGAUGAAAGAUUAUAAUAACUUCACAGAUUUUCACCUGUACACUUGAGAUGUUACACUCCGUAUACAUAUACCCACUCCUUUGUUGUUAGUUUGGAUGAUUUAAUUUCACUUUCCCAGAAGGCGAUUGCAGAGAAAGCUAUUAGCACCUCACUGCAAAUACCAACAAAAGAGUGAGAAAAGGAGAGAGACAGACAGAGAGAGGACAGGCUCAGAAAGAGAAAGAAAAAAAGAAAAAUUCUUGAGGAGAGGAGAAAGCGAUGUCUGAGACCCUUUUACAGCCUGAAACUCUCAAUUAAGAGCGCAGCCAUGGAUGUGGUACAGUGGAGUUCAACAACUCUUGCUUACUAGGAAAGGCUUAGGUUGUUUGGAUUUGUUGGGUUAAGGUAUAUAUCUUUCUACCUAUCUAUGUCCCAAGAUUAUCAUCAUCAUCCUGGAUUGUUCAGUUUCUCCAACGGCUUCGAGAGAUCUCCGGCGGAAUCUCUGCAGCAACAUCAUCACGUUGUGCAGCAGAUCCGGCGGGAUAAGUUGCCGCCGCCGCCGGAGAUUGAAGAAGAUGAGCAGCUCGCCGGAGGUAAUGAAACGUCGGGGAUGUUGUCGGAGAUGUUUAAUUUCCAGCACGGAACGGCGAGGGAGUUGCUGGAGAGUCAGAUUUCGCAGGGGUUUCAUCAUCAUCAUGGGCAGCAGCAAUCGCAGCAGCAGAUGGCGGCGGCCAUGCAGCUUUUCCUCAUGAAUCCGUCGCAGGCGCGGUCGCCGUCGCCGUCUCCGCCGGCCGCCGCCGCCGCGACGCUUCACAUGUCGUCGGUUCCGAAUCCCUCGCCCACGUCGACUCUCCAAGGGUUUCACACCCCAACCGGGGGGCAUUUUAGUCAAUUCGCGUGGGGGAACGGAGGACCGCCUAAUGCGGUGGCCGGUGAGGGGCAAGGCCUAUCGUUAUCGCUGUCGUCAUCCUUACAACGCCUAGACGCCGCCAAGGCCGGCGAGGAGUUCCGGAUCUCCGGCGACCCCGCCGGAAUGCUAUUUUUCAGCCAGGGAAUGGCCUCCGCUCCCUCGGAAUAUCCAUGCAAAAACAACCAGCACUUAACCGCAACGGCCUCCGGCGGAGGAGUAGUAACCAUGGAUCACCAUCACAUCGGGUUCGGAUCCUCCAUCGGAGUAAUCAACGGAUUACGCCAUUCCAAAUACGCAAAACCCGCGCAAGAAUUAUUGGAUGAAUUCUGCAGCGUCGUCGUUACUGGCCACCAUCAAUUCAACAAGAACAAACCCGCCGGCCUAAACCCUAAUUCCAACCCUACAAGCAGCGACGCCGUUGACGGCGGCGACGCCCCAAACAACAACUCAUCGUCUUCCUCCAAACCCACCCCGCCGCCGUUGUCCACCGCCGACCGAAUCGAACACCAGCGGAGGAAAGUCAAACUUCUCUCUAUGCUUGAUGAGGUUGACCGGAGAUACAACCGAUACUGCGAGCAAAUGCAGAUGGUGGUGAAUUCGUUCGAUCUGGUGAUGGGGUUCGGGGCGGCGGCGCCGUACACGGUGCAGGCGCAGAAGGCGAUGUCGCGGCACUUCCGGUGCCUGAAGGACGCGGUGGCGGCGCAGCUGAAGCACAGCUGCGAGAUGCUGGGGGAGAAAGACGGCGGCGCGUCGGGGCUGACGAAAGGGGAGACGCCGCGGCUGAAGAUGCUGGAACAAAGCCUGAGACAGCAGCGGGCGUUCCACCAAAUGGGGAUGAUGGAGCCGGAGGCCUGGAGACCGCAGCGAGGCUUGCCGGAACGAUCAGUCAACGCUUUGCGCGCUUGGCUUUUCGAGCAUUUUCUCCACCCGUAUCCAAGCGAUGCAGAUAAGCACAUGCUGGCUCGACAGACUGGUCUCUCCAGGAGCCAGGUUUCAAAUUGGUUCAUUAAUGCCAGGGUCCGGCUGUGGAAACCCAUGGUGGAAGAGAUGUACCAACAAGAAGUUAAAGUAGGCGAUGAUGACAGUGAAAACAUUAUGGACAGUGGAGACGAUGACACCGUGGCACAAACACCAACGCCUAACGCCGUCUGUAAUUCGCCCACCACCACCGUCACCACCACACCGCCACCGUCAGUGACUGCCACGUCUGCCGAUGCAGUGGUGGCAGCUGCAGCAGGCAAAAGAUCCGAAAUCAACGCUGCCCACGAAAGCGACUCUUCACAACUCGCAAUCAAUACCCAAUACACGUGUCACCGCCGUGGGACGGCGGAUUCCGGCGGCGGCGGCAAUGUGUCGCUCACGCUGGGGCUGCGCCACGCCGGAAAUUUGCCCGACCAGAAUCAUUUUUUUGGUUAGGCAUGCCAUGCCGGGGGUUGCAGAUUACUAUGUUGUUUUUUUGUUGCCUAAAGAUACCACUACAGCCGAUAGUCAAAAGAUUAAUCCUUCGUCGCAACGUUCAGCACACUAAGUGGGUCAAAUGGUUUAUUACUAUGUUGUUAUUAUCACACGAAAAGCACACACGUAUUCGGAGAAUCAUAUGGUUUCCAUGUUUAUGUCUUUUGUUUAAAUUUUUUAUUUCAUCUAGACAUCCAAUUAAUUAAUUAAUAUAUACAUAGUCAAAUGUCACCAAUGGUAGCGUUAUGCUAGCAUGAAAUGUGAGACUCCCUGCAACUGUAUAGCCUUAUUAGUACAUUUUUCACAUCAUUUUAA